UCUGUACAGUCUAUGUAUAAGCAACAACUGAGGCUGGGCCAACACCCAAACUCAAGUGAGUGAAUGUUUUCCAUAUAUGGCAGUUACACAAUACAAAACAACAUUGAAAAUACAACAUGAAAAGCUAAAAACUGGUUUGAAACAAAAGAUAGCAGAUUAUUUAGUUUUGUGUGCAGUAAGCCUCUUGUAAUUUGAGGAGUUAAACCCUUUUGUAAACACAGUUGACUGAACAAACACACAUGAAUCACAUACUCCCUGGCAGGGCUAGUUUUCAACACUGCAUGAGAUUUGGCAUGAGUCAGUGAAUAUAAGGAGUGCCAUAAGUGUAUUUCAUAAGUUUAAGGUGUGUUGGCAAAAUACUCAUAGCAAUUUAAACGUUGAACUGUACAGAUCAAUGAAUUUAUGAUUUCAAUGUGCUUUUAAUAUCAAUGAGCUUUUUUGAUUCAGCUGACUCUGUACACUAAAAAAUCAAAUUAAAAAUAGUAGGUGAUGAGCUUUGGAUUUAACAAAAUGUUGCUAGUCCUGGCAAUAAUGCUAGUGCAGUUUAUGAGUGGCACUGCUCAAGAGGAGUCACUCAUUACUAUCCCAGCCGGACCAAUUAGAGGAACUUUGAACUCGCUUGAAGAAUUCAAAGAAUAUAUACCGCAACUUCAAGGCAAAGAUCUGGAGUUCAGGACGUAUCUCGGAAUCCCAUAUGCCGAUCCUCCCGUUGGGGAUCUGAGAUUCCGACCUCCACGAGCAUUGACGACAACAUGGAAUGAGACACGGAACGCAACACAAUAUGGCAAAGUCUGUAUUCAGGAUUCUACAACAUAUCAGACACGAGGGGGCUCUGUUGACAACAUAUCAGAGGACUGUUUGACCUUGAACAUAUGGGCACCUGGUAAUGGGUCAAACUCUCAACCAAAGGCUGUAAUGGUUUGGAUACAUGGGGGAGGGUACCAAGAGGGGAGCACUGACAAAGUAUAUGAUGGCACAGCACUAACUGUGAUGGGAGAUGUAAUAAUUGUGUCUAUGAACUACAGAUUGAAUGUCUUUGGAUUUCUCAGCACAGGAGAUAGUGUAGUCCCAGGAAACAUGGGUUUGCUUGACCAGAAGCUGGCGCUCCAUUGGGUGAAGGAGAACAUAGCACUGUUUGGAGGAGAUCCAGAAAGGAUAACAAUAUUUGGAGAAUCUGCAGGAUCAGCUAGUGUUACAACACAGGCCUUUUCCCCACAAAAUAAGGGCCUUUUCCAGCGUGUUAUUGCACAGAGUGGUUCUCUUCUUGCAUCAUGGGCCUUUAACAUGGAGGACAAUGUACCAUCAAUUAAGGGUAUGGGACAACAACUAGGCUGCAGUAAUGAAAGUAUGGCUGACCUAGUGGAGUGUCUACGUGGAGUAGAUGUCACUGAGCUGUAUAUUGCAUCUCUGUAUUAUAUGCAAAGGGCCAUGGGUGCAAGAUGGUCCCCUGUGGUGGAUGGGGAGUUCAUCACAGAGCCCCCUGUGAAACUGGAUGAAGCCACUGGGCCAGGGUAUGAGAUGUUGACCAGUGUGGACCUUAUGAUGGGGAUCAACAGUCAUGAAGGAUAUUUGCUUAUUGGGGCUGAUCCCAGAAUCUCCUCUGGGAACCAAUCAAGUGCUGUAGCAUUCGUGGAGGAGCUGAUGCAGACAACGAGUAACUAUUACGGGGGAGAUUUAUCAAAUGAUAUGUAUGAGGCCAUCUGGUAUGCUUACUUUGGACUAAAGGCCAUAGAUGAUAUGAGUGCGGAUGAACUAUUUGAGAGAGUGGUUCAAGCAGGAACAGAUGAACAGUUCUUGCUUCCGUUUGACCAUCUAACACAUGCCUAUGGUCAGAAUUGCUUUCUGUACCACUUGACCCAUGCUCCUAGCUAUAAAGCAGGGACUGUGCCAUCCUGGAUGACUGGUGCUGACCAUGCAGAUGACUUGCAGUAUCUGUUCUUCUCCCCUAUCAUGCAAGAUCUGUCUCCAUUUAUCCCAAAAGGCACUGAACUAGAGAAGAAUAUCUCGGAAAAUAUGAUCACCUACUGGACAAACUUUGCAAAGACAGGAGAUCCCAACGAGCCAGAAAACCCAGUUUUAUCAACAUAUUGGCCAGCAAGUACCAGCGAGUCCAGUCACUACAUAGAAUUCGGGGACACCAUCCAAGCCAAAGAUGGCUCUAUUAAACGAGAACGUUCAGAAUUCUGGUUUGAUUAUAUUGGUAAACUGCUGACCAAUGCACAAUGUUCUCUCAAUUCAGUUGAGAAUGGAGACAAGGAAGAGGAAUGUGUGAAACCUGGUACAACUAAUGGUGGAAUUGCAGUUGAAGCUGUAAAGGCUUUGUUACUAGGAAUGGCUUUCCUUUGUAUAGUUUGGUACUAGAGAUGACAUACCUCAGUAUACUUCAA